UGGACUGCACGUCGCGCGAUUCUCGCCCAUAUAAAUAUAAAUAAAAUAAGUAUUAGUGCAUAACUAAUCGUCGAAUGCAAGAGUAGUGUGGUAUCGGAAGUGAUAUUUCCAUUGAAGGUACUGAGAAAUGAAUCUUCGGCCCCGGCGAUAAAGGCGAAAAUGGAAGUGAACAGCCCGAGUGGAUACCCCCCCAUCUCCCCCAAACCUCUCACGCCGAAAAGCCCUCGUCACUUUGUGUUCCCCCAGAAGAGCCCGUCGAUAACCUCCAGUACCUCCUCGUCCGGGUACUACACGCCGCAGUCCGGCUGCAGCUACGACAAGCACGCCCCGCCCAAGAGCCCGCUCGCGCACGGCCACCGCAGCCCCGUCAGCCCGCGCCACUUCAACUUCCAGCAGGUGCAGGAGCUGCCCGAGCGCACGAGCCCCAGCCACUUCGACAAACCUCACCACGGCCUGCACUACUCCACCUCCCUCAAGCACAGCCGGCGGGAGAAGUCCCGGUCGCCGAAACCUCCCCCGGUCCACAUCCACACGAACCCCGGCUACGUGUCCCCGAACAGGACGAGAAAGUUAUACGGUUCUACCUCCACAGUGAGCUCGCCGCGGCUCGCGACGUCGCCCAGCAUCAUAUCGAGCCAUACCGAUGACUCCACCGACGCGAUGCCCGCCACGCCGUCCGCGGUCGUCCACGACGCCGACGACGAGGCGACGGAGACCUCAUCCCGAAUUUGCAGGAAGUCGACGUCGGAUCUGACGGACCUGACUGACGACACCCCGCAGACCCGGACGACCAGCAUCAGCAGGCCGUGCUCCCCGAUGCGGCGCGGCUCCAUGAAGGGCGGGCUGGCGUACCUGGCCAGCCGGCGGGGCUCGCGGGAGUCCACCAUGUCCAACUGCGACUCCGUCGAGGACAUCGGACCGCUGAACUUCCAAAAUACGAUGCGAGGUCGACAGCGGCGGACUUCCAACUUCCUGGAGCUACCCGUGGUGGAGCAUUCGCGACCGCGCGUGUGCUCGCUGCCGGAGAAGCCGUACAACCCGCGGCUGUCGGACGACCUGUACCGCCUGCGCACCUUCUCCAUCACCACCAAGGGCGUGGUCAACUGCGGUGACUCCAUCUGCAACCGCCGCAGCCGCUCCAACACCUCCGUCAACUCCACCAACAGCAGAGCGUCCGAUCGAUCGCCGUUCGACGGGUCCUGCUGCUCCGGCUACCGGCCCGUCGACUCCGCCAGCCUCGAGACGCCCGAUGAGGACGAGUUGGAUCCGAUACCGAAAUACCGAGUGGUGCUUCUCGGAGACGCCGGAGUGGGGAAGACGGCUCUCGUCUCCCAGUUUAUGACGUCAGAGUACAUGAACACGUACGACGCGAGCCUGGCAAAACGUGACGACGAGUUUGGAGAAAAGUCAGUGUCAGUGCUUCUGGAUGGAGAGGAAUCAGAGCUGAUAUUCAUCGACCAUCCCAGUACUGAGAUGUCGGUUGAAAACUGUCUGUCGACGUACGAGCCUCAUGCCUGCGUCGUGGUGUACUCCAUAGUGGCGAAGAGCUCGUUCCUGCGAGCCGGGGAGCUGCUAGCGUACCUCGCGAGAGAGCAGUUCACCGCAGAACGCACCGUGGUGCUGGUUGGGAACAAGGCUGACUUGGUUAGAGCGAGACAGGUGUCCACAAACGAGGGCAAAGCGCUGGCGACGUCGAGGGACAGCAAGUUCAUAGAGACGUCAUCCGGCAUACAGCACAACGUCGACGAGCUGCUGGUCGGCAUCCUCAAGCAGAUACGACUGAAAGAGAGCAGAGAGAAGAAACAAGCGAAGAAGGCAACCAAACAGGAGGCCAAGCCGUCGAAGCUGGCGAGCUCCCGCACGCACAUCUCGCUCAGCAUCGCCCGCGAGCUGCUGCAGAAGAUCUGCAUCAACGACAUCUCUAAGUCCAAAUCUUGCGAGAACCUGCAUGUUCUGUAGCUUCUUACUAAAUUCCAUGGUAUUUUUACUUUUAUUUGCAAAAUAAAUGACUUGUUUUAUGUUUGAGCGUCCACAAUA